ACAAAACAAAAGGCGCGGGUUUUCCCUCAGGUCUCGCUUAUCCAGCGCCGAAACAUAUAAAAUGCGCAGGGAGCUAAGCAGAUCCGCCUUAGGACGCACUCCGGGCUAUUUUCAACUCUCCAAUCUGUCAAAGUUGAUAGCCGCUGAUCGAACGGUUGGGAUAGUUCAGCCGUUGCAAACUUUGGGCUCGGGCUAUUCUCCAUCCGUAGUGGACCCCACGUUCUGGACAGUCUGGAAUCUGGAUUGCUGUGCUCGCAUGCCACAUAUGAGUGAAGGUAUCUCAGGAACAGUUUUGCUCAAUUCGGGAUUUGCUUGGUUAUGGAGAAGUAUAGACUGAAAAUCAAGUUUAAGGCAUCAACAACAGAGACCCCGACAAAUGAUAAUUCCCAUGGUGGUAAUACUGGUCGACCAUUUCUGGUAGCUGCAGUGACAGAAACAAAUUCAUCUUCUGACGAGGGUUUCCUUCCUGCGACGUGCGUGGCCAUGAAACGCAAGCGUGGCCAUAGAGCAGGUCAUAAGAAAGGGAAAAGCAAAAAACCAUUGGUGGUCGAGAAUGAUCCUGUUUCAAUUAUUGAUAACACAAACACCGAAUAUGAUUCGGGUUUGGAUGACAUUGAUGAUUGCCAACUGAAUUCAGCGAUGGAGAUUGAAGCAACCUCCCCGGAGCCUGAUAAAUCAAGUAAACUUAUGAGCAUGGACGUGGAUGGAUUGAAUGAUAGGCCAGUGGGGCGUGUUAAGGUGAAGCUCAGGUCAAAAGUGUUAGAACCUAAGCACACUUACUUGAAUGAACUAACACAAAGCGAUACUGAUAAAAGCACCCUACAGAGGGUGUUAGAGAAGCAUGGAGAAGUUACUGAAAACAUGGAGGAUGGGGCCAACUCACGCUCUGAAAUGCAAGCUACUCUUUCAGCAAGCACAACCAAGAAAGCUGGCAGCAUAAAGAUCAAAUCUUCAAGGGGUUUAGGCCCUUCGGGUGCUGUCAUGCCAGAAAAACAUAUCAAUAAGCCAAAUAGUCCUGCACAAAUGCAGGAAGAUAGGACCCAUGUUCUCUUAGAAAAUGAGAAAAUUGUAGAUUCAUCAACAUCUAGGGAAUCACACCAAAGGGAAACAAAGCUAGCUCAUCAGGAUCACCAAUACAAUGAGAAAGAACUUAACGCUGCCCUCAUGGUGAUUAAGGAAAUCAUGAAAACGGAUGCAGCUGAACCCUUCAAUACUCCAGUUAAUCCUGUUGCUCUGGGAAUCCCUGAUUAUUUUGAUAUUAUAGACACCCCUAUGGAUUUUGGCACAAUAUGCCAUUAUCUUGAACAUGGGCUUAAGUAUAUGAACUCAGAGGAUGUGUAUAAAGAUGUACAGUUCAUUUGGAAGAACUGCUACAGGUACAACAGUAAGGGGAAUUAUAUUCUGGACCUUAUGAAACGUGUGAAAAAGCAUUUUAGAAAGUGUUGGAUGGCAGCUGGGCUGUACUGUGAACCGCAGAAGAGGGUCAAUGAUGCUGCUUUAGAUCAAGAUUCAGAGGGUUUGACAAGAGAAGAUGACCAUGGAAGGGACAAAGAUCUUCAAGAAGCAAGUGGAAGAAAGACAAUUAUAAUGAUGUCCAAGAAGGAAACUCUUGAAAGUCCAAGUGCAGAUGGAAGGUUAAAUGGUAGUGAAAGCAUUCGGGUGGAAGAUGCUGCACCCUCUAGUCUCGGAAAAGUGUACACAAAAGGUGGUUCAUUAAAACAGAAGACACGUAAGCGUCAAGGAAUCAACCACCACAAAAGUGGUUGUCUAUGUGCUGUCUGUAUCCUAAUGCGUCGCAGGCGAGAACGUGAAGAAAAUGCUCGAAUGCAGAGGAGAAUGAUUGAUGGUAAUUUGAGUCAAGAGUUCAAGCAAGAGGAGAAUUCUCCCUUAGAUAAUUCCGACCGCUCUCCAGAGCCCGAUGCAGAAGAUGACAUGGAAGAACGAGGGGAUGAUAUCAAGUUGGAGGCUCCCGAACAAGAAGACAGCCUCCAACAUGAGAAGCAGGAAAUGAGUGAAGAAUAUGAGACUGGGAUUCCAAAGAAAGGUAAUGGGGAAUCUUCCGAGAAGGUUACACCUAUUGACAGAACUGGGGAGGACUCCAAUGGACAAUCUCAGGCACAUGAAGUGGAGUCGUUGGGACUCUUAGCCCGACCAGAUGAACAAAAAGAUGAUGGAUCAAUGCAGCAGCAGGAAGAAGAUGUAGUUAACCAUGAGGAAGAUGCAGAGCAGAAGCAGGCGGAAUCCCAGAAGCGUCAUUGGACAAAGAUACUUGAGGAUCCUCUCUUUCGUGAAAAUCCAUUGAUUUUGCAGAUGUGCGGGACCCUUUUCCCGAAUGACCCAAGAUCUGUAUGGAGUGGGCCACACUCCUUCAGUCGCCGGCCUGUGCCCGUACGCAGUAGUCCAAUCCAUGCCGCUGUGUCAAUGUUCAUGAAAUAGCUCACAGACGGCUUAUAGGUUAGUUCCAUUGGUAUAUUGAAUGGCUGCAUCCAAAUUCAAUGAAUGAUGCAAGUAUUAUGAUCUUAAUAUAGUUCUUUCUUCUAAAAAAAUGGUUAUUUCCUUCCCUUA